AUGUCAAGUGAAGGGGAGGGUAUCUUAAUGCUCAUAGCAGCUGGGGAAUGUUCACUGGGGAUCUUAGGGAAUGCAUUCAUUGGACUGGUAAACUGUGUGGACUGGAUCAAGCACAAGAAGAUUGCCUCCAUUGAUUUAAUCCUCACAAGCCUGGCCAUCUCCAGAAUUUCUCUCUUAUGUAUAAUACUAUUGGAUUGUUACAUAAUGGUCCUGUACCCAGAUGUCUAUACUGGUGGUAAACAAAUGAGAAUCAUUGACUACUUCUGGACACUAACCAACCAUUUAAGCGUCUGGUUUGCCACCUGCCUCAGCAUUUUCUAUUUCCUCAAGAUAGCAAAUUUCUUCCAUCCCUUUUUCCUCUGGAUGAAGUGGAGAAUUGACAGGGCAAUUCCUAGGAUCCUGCUGGGGUGUUUGAUCUUCUCGGUGUUCAUUAGCCUUCCUGUCACUAAGGAUUUGGAUGAUGAUUUCAGGCAUUGUGUCAAGAUGAAGGUGAAAACAAAUUUAAGUUGGAGAUGCAGAGUACAUAAAGCUCAGCAUGCUUCCAUCAAGAUACGUCUCAAUCUGUUGACACUAUUUCCCUUUUCCGUGUCCCUGAUCUCAUUUCUCCUCCUAAUCCUCUCCCUAUGCAGACACACCAGGCGCAUGCAUCUCCGUGCCCCAGGGAGCAGAGAUGCCAGCACAGAAGCUCAUGUGAGAGCAAUGAAGGCUGUCAUCUCCUUCCUCCUCCUUUUCAUUGCCUACUACUUGGCCUAUCUUGUGGCCACGUCCAGCUACUUUAUGCCAGAGACUGAAUUAGCUGUGAUCGUUGGUGAGUUGAUAGCUCUAAUCUGUCCAUCAAGCCAUUCACUCUUCCUAAUUCUAGAGAACAAAAAAUUAAGACAAGCAUCUCUAAGGGUGCUAUGGAAGGUAAAAUAUAUCCUACGAAGAAGGAAUUGCUAA